AUGGAUUCAGACAAUGAUUCUGGUAAUUCUAACGAUGGUCCAAUACAUCGUCGUCGUACGCAAGGUACACGUCCUCCACCAUCAUCACAUCAAAAUAAUUCUAUGCAACGAAUAUCAACCGGUAAUACUAGUGUUGAUCGUACAUAUCAUCCAACUAAAGAGGAUGCACCUUAUUCAGAUGAUGAUGAUCUCGAUGAAGAAGAAGAAGAUGAUGAUGAUCAGCGUCAUCAUCAUCAACAAUCAACUUAUCGUGGACGUGGUCGACCAUCACAACAACAACAUUUAAUGGAUAGUUCCUAUGAUGAUGGAAAUGAACAUCAUGAUUUACCAAGAUAUACAGGUCCAUUACGUGAACAAGAUCGAUUUUUACCAAUUGCAAAUGUUGCAAAAAUUAUGAAAAAAGGUGUACCAGAAAAAGGAAAAAUAGCUAAAGAUGCUAAAGAAACUAUUCAAGAAUGUGUUUCGGAAUUUAUUUCAUUUAUUACAAGUGAAGCAUCUGAUCGAUGUCUUCAAGAAAAACGAAAAACAAUUAACGGUGAAGAUAUUAUUUUGGCAAUGUUAACACUUGGUUUUGAUUCAUAUGUUGAACCAUUACGAACAUUUUUAACUAAAGUACGUGAUGCAUCCAAAUAUGAUCGUACAAUGACAAUGGGUGGGGAAUUAGCUGAUGAUUUACGUAUACAAGUUGCACAAGCACAAGUUAAUCAAACAUCUAUACCAAUGGUUCAAGCACAAGUUGCUACAACUGUUCAAGUACAACCACAAACAACAGCAACUUCAGCUUCAUUAUCUGCUCAAACAAUAGCAGCUAAACCAGCUGUUGCAGCAGCUAAUCCAAAUGGACUCGAGCCUUAUGGACAUUCAGUUCGUGUGGUAACUUGUAUUCGAAAUGAUCAACCAGGUGAAAAUCCUAAUUAUGUUUAUACAAUUCAACCGUAUCAAUAA